AUGUUGACAUCUUGUAGUGACUUUGAGUCGGUAAGUUUGUUUUCUACGUUGUUCUCUGUUUGUCAGCUUGGGUAGGAAAAUAAAUAAAGAGCACUGUUUUACCAGUGGAUUAACAUGACUACAGGUAUAAGGACAAGACCGAAGCAAAUACUUUAAAGAACAGUGUUUCAACAACUGCAUUUUAAAGGGAACAACAAAUAAAAUUAUACGAGUAAUUUAUAUUAAUAAAGGUCGAUUUAUGCACUACGCAACUUUUGCCUAAACUAAUGAGUUGUUCUACUGUGUAAAUGAAGGACACAACUCGGCUGUACAACUCAAGUUGUGAGCAGGGUUGCAUGCGACAGUUUUAGGCAAAAGUUGUGUAGUGUAAAUCGAACUUAAAGAGGGUUAGUAUACUCUAUAUUUUACAAUAGAUAUCAAGGGAAUAGACCCUUAUCGGUCCACUCGACCAAUCACGUUAUCGAGUUAUGUCGGGAGAGCAAUAUCUGCAGACAUGCACAAGCAUAUAGAUUAUUAAAUAUUAUGUAAAAAUAUGAGAGUAAUAAAAGAAAGACGGCUUCGGAUUAUAGGAAUUCAACUACAUGAAAAAUACAAGGAGAACUUCAAAGUAGAAAUACAAAAGAGAUUCUCCUUGCGUUUUUUCAGGUAUAGUUAUAUACCGACAUUUUCUUAUUAUUGCCACGACUUUCACUGACACAGAUAGUUCAGUAGAAAACCUAACACUGUUUUAUCACUUCGCCUCAAGAUUUGCAUAUUGAGGAAGUGUGCUGUACCAAUUAAGCAAAGGUCCUAUGUUAUCCAACUACGUUAUAUUAAGUGCACAAAAUGUUAAUCAUCAUCUCAGCUUGAAUCCGGCUUGAAAUAGCGGGCGGCCUGGUACGGGUCAAUAACUUGCCUUGUCGGACAUUGUAUUGUACAGUUUAUUUAAACACGGUAAAAUCUUCAGUAUAUAGAUACUCUAACGUAUACAAACAUAUAUACAGUAACAAAAAAUCUAAAACUAAGUCUACUGCUGUUUUACAAGAUUGGUGGGAGUUUCAAUUGUUAUAGUACUCAUUUAUAGCUUUCUUAAACUGUGAUAUCGACACGAAGUGACUUAAGGUAACUCUUGUCACACCGUAAUUAUUUGACAAUGGAUUGUUGUGUUUCUACAGGGUGGAUAUAAAAAACAGGGGUCGGUUGUAUAAAACUCUUAAUCACUUUUUUAAUCACUAUUUUGUAGUUAAAUAGUGAUUAACUCUCAAAUACGCGUUUCUUAUUGGAUGACGUUUCCACUAACUACAGUUAACUUUAAUCACUUUUUUAUACAACCGGCCCCAGGAUUCUGAGCAUUUAUACUCAAUUUCAAAAACUCAUUAAUAAUUCAUGAAGCAAUUAUCCAAUCUUGAGUAAGAAAUUAGUCACGUGCAUACGUCUUUAUACCAGCUAAAGAACACUUUAACAAAAGACCAUUGUUAUGCAAACUAUAUAAAGAUUUUUAUAUAAAGAUUUUUAUAUAAAGAUUUUUAUAUAAAGAUUGACUUAUUAUGCAAACGUUUUUGAAGCCAUUUAAAAAACUCGCAGGUCGUGUUUUAUUAGGUCUAAAGCCACUCGCGCUGCGCGCUCGUGGCUUUAAACCUAAUAAAACACUCCUGCUCGUUUUUUAAAUAGUACGUAACUCAUUGUAUGGAAGGGUUUUGUAGAUUGAGAUUUCGAGUGAGAAUUUUAGACAUUUACUAGAUCUAACCAGAAACAGUUGUGAAAAAUACAACUAUAAAGCCUCUGGUAGGAAUCGAACUUGUGACCCUGUGAUUCCAGUGCAGUGCUCUACCUGUAUAGCUCAGUUAUCCAUCCGUAACCUUCGUAUUGCCAAUACCGACACUGGCACAAACAAGAUUUUCUCAUAAAUCAAGAACUAACAUAUUGGGCAAUACUACUUUCUGUGGGUGACCAAUAUCAGCGCAAUUUAAAACAUAUUAGUCUAGAGAUUUCGCUUUUAGAUUAUAAAUUAACAUACAAUUCUAAGAUCUAUAUUCACGUCUGUGCGUGUGAUAAACUAAAACCAUACAAGUUUUUUUAUACAGAUUAAAGUCAAAACCAAACCACGAAUGUGGUGUCUGAGCAGAAAACAUGUCAUAUUUAAUGAAAUGAACAAACAUAUCAUCUCAAUUCAAAUCACUUGCACUCGGAGGCCAAAUGCGACAUGUGGAUUAAGCUAGGCUGAUUUAAUACACUAUCAAAGUUUCUGUGAUCACAGUAGGAAUUUUGCAUAGGGAAAUUCUAAGUUUUGAAGGAUUUGUAAGAAAUGUUUGAGGGAAAUGACUUAGUAUUUAACACUGAGUCAUUUCCCUCAAAACAUUUCUUACAAAUCCUUCAAAACGUAGAAUUUACGCAUGCAAAAUUCCUACUGUGAUCACAUAAACUUUGAUAUAUAGUGUAAACACCCAGCCUUUAGGUAAACUCUUGGUCUCGGAGAAAGCUUAAUUAUUUGAUAACCAAGUGCUCGGUUUGUCUCUAUAGUCAAUUUUGUAAUCAAGAACUAACUGGAAUUCUUCUUGCGGGUGAUAUAUAGCUGAUAUGGGUGACCAAUAUAACUCAUAUAAUAAUUAUUUAAACAUAUCGGGCCUAUAGAGAUUGUAAAUUAACAUAAAAUGCCAAGAUAUAUAUUGACACAUGUACGAUAAACGAAGGGAUCAUCUAAAGACCGGAUGCUGUAAAGUGCAGCAGUAAAAAACACGAGCUAAUGUCUAUAGAACGACUAUAUGUACAGACAGUCAUUUGUCUAACAACAAAAUAACAUUGUUUAUAUAUAAUAGCAAAAACAACGUAAUUCCUGAUACAUAAACUGUCCAUGAUAUUUUAAAUAAUAAAUCAAGUUUGAAUUUAUUAAUUAACAUAUGCAUGAAUUACAUGCGAAUGACGUUUUGUGAUAAGAUAAGCAAUAUAUAAGCAUCAUUCAUCACCUAAAUCUCGCUGCACAAGAAAUUGAAGUAUAUAUUACUUAUAAGAAAGAGACAUGAUUGUAAACCAGUUCUCAAAAUCAAAGGUAAAUAAAUAGAUUAUAAAUUCAGCUAAGCUUAGUUAAAAUUUUAAAGUAAAUUAUAUGGGCAGAGUAAUUAUUUUACAAAAACAUAAUUGUUCUUCGAUAAUUAUCUUGCAGAGCGCACAACUAAGAAAUUCAAUAUAUCAUGUAAUUCAUGUUUUGUUCAAAUUCGCAAGGCCGGCUGCAUGCGUCAGUAUACAAAUUUGACUUUGUUUAUACACAAUUGACAAGCAUAUAAUAAAACAAAAGGUCACUAAAUUAUCUACACGAGUGAGUAACUCUUGUACAUAAUUUUAAUACUUAAGUUACCAUUGUUCUAUUCUAUGCUUUUGUAAACUAGAACAAUUUAGUAACUAUAAUAUACAGGGUGUCUCAAAAAAACCCAAAAUCAUUGAAAUUGACGUAUUGUUCGAUAUUCAAUGCCCUAGCACUAAGUUAAUCCCACGAGUGCAUAAAAGAUUGACAUAACUGCUAUAAUGAAUGGUAAUACUCAGCGUAAACUUGUUAUGUCAGGCAUAAAGUACUAAACCCACGAAUGCAUAUUACGCAUAUUACAAUUUACGAAGCAUUUUUAAAUUCCCAUGACCAAACAAACGUUCACUUUACAAAGAUAUUUUAAUUUUUUAAAACAAAUUAAUCACCCUGUCAAAAUCCUUUGUGUUACGGCAUUGAAAUUCGAACAAUACGUUAUUUCAAUGAUUUUGGGUUUUUUUGAGACACCCUGUAUAUAGGCAUGCAUGUGAGUUAUCUUUUAAGCUUAAAAGCUUGGUUUCCACUAUCAAAGUUUCUGUGAUCACAGCAGGAAUUUUGCAUGGGUAAAUUCUAAGUUUUGAAGAAUUUGUAAGAAAUGUUUGAGGGAACUGGCUUAGUGUUUAACUCUGAGUCCUCAAACAUUUCUUACAAAUCCUUCAAAACUUAGAAUUUCCCCAUGCAAAAUUCCUACUGUGAUCACAGAAACUUUGAUAGUGUCAAUCAGACUUGAAGAUAAACAUUGUUAGCCAAAUUAUGUAGAAUAGACAAUCUGUCAGAAACCGUAACCUCAAAACAGCCACAUGUCAGAGUAUUGAGAAGUUUCGUCCGAAAGGUUUUCCCCUGCCUACGGACUAUGUUAUUGAUUAUUUAUUUACACAAAUAUUUCCUUCUUCAGCUGUUCGAGGGUGACAAGGAGAUGGAGAGAAAAUCCAAAGAUGAUGGGCAUGGUCAUGGUCGGAUCACCAUUAAUGUCGGAGGAUUACGUCAUGAAACAUACUUAACCACCUUAAGAAAUCAUCCUGAUACAAGGUAAUCACGAAUGGCGUCAUCAAGGUUUUUGCUAUCUCUCUCUCUCUACUAUUAUAUUGUUUUCAACUUGCUUUCUCCGUUUAUCGCUCAUUUCAUAUAUAAGCCUUCCUAGGCAUCCAAUUACAAUCAUCAUGACAAUAUAGCCUUGUCUUCUCCUCCCGUAUCUCGCCAGUUGUUGGUCUAUUUUCUUCAUCCUGCUUUGCAUCAUAGUCAAUAGAAUAAGAAUGUUAGGGAACUCGAUGCAGACAUAAAAUACCUCAUUAUCUAUGUUUUUGUCGUUUUUCUCUUGGUUUAUACAAGAAAUAGUCGGUUCAUCGUCACGUGUGUAUUGUUUUUUCGCCCAACCAACCAAUAGCAGUGUGUUGGUUUAAUUACCCAGUCGUGAUAUUACACAAUGGUUUAAUGAAAAUGCAGCUAUUGGUUGCUCUAGUGAAAAUACAACACACACGUGACGAUGAACCAACCAUUUCUCGCAUAAACGAAGACGAAAACAUAGACAAUGAGGCGUACUAUGUCUGCAUCGAGUUCCCUAACUUUCUUAUUCUAUUGAGUAUGGUUCAACAUAUCGUUGUAAACAUUCAUGUCUCUUGCAGAUUAUUCUGGAUAAGUGAACAACAUUAUACGUCGACGCGAAGUCCAGAAUACAGUGCGGAGAAAAAGGAAUAUUUCUUCGACCGUCACCCGGGAGUGUUUGCCCACAUUGUCAAUUAUUACCGCACAGGAAAGUUACAUUGUCCCAUGGAUGUGUGUGGACCUCUCUUCGAGGAAGAAUUAUCUUUCUGGGGAAUUGAUGAACGCCAGGUAAACACUUUGUUUGUUAGAAAAUUGCGAGAUGUUGGUUACUUUUCUUGCUGUGUUCCAGUAUUUCUCAAGUUGACUACCAUCCACCGAAAGGUUCAAUCAAACCCACCAAUAUCUUCGGUAUCAAUCUCCUCUUUUCAAAGUUCUCACGUAGAAAACCAUAUUUCAUCAUGUGACCUCAAACAGGGCAGGAAAAAAGAAUUUUCUUCCUGGGAGCACAACCUGGAGACAAAAAUAUCCUGCAGACCAACGGAGUAUUUUUGUGCUAAAUCUGCAUGUGCAUAAACAUAUAGUGUUCUAGCUGACCAUGGUUUCAAAUUCAAGAAAUAAUGUCUGUCAACUAUAUGUUGUUGCGCCCAUAGUGGGACAUGGAUGUUAAGGUUUCCUUCAAAUCUUCAUCCAAACGAAUUUCCUGCAGCUGUUUAAAAUGUUCUGCGAGCAGUGCUCGCCUAUUUUCUCCACCCCUGACUCCAAGACUCUAAUAUAACACACAUACUAUCUGAUUUUCUUUUCAACAACUGCAAAAUGAUUGAUAGAGCUGAUUACUGGUAUUUAUUACUGUUGAAGAAUCCUUUGUGAUACGGAGACUGAAAUCUAACCUUAAUCACGGAACUAAAGCUUCUAAAGAACUAAUAAUAUUUAACUAAUGCCUCAUGUACAUUUAUCAUAUUUCAUCACUGGUAUAUAUACCUAUGACACAGAGUAAUUUCAUCAUUCCUGAUGCUUAAAAUCUAGUCGAAACGUCGAAUAAACACUUUUCAAAAUGUUUUUGGAGUCACUAUUGUAUUGUAUUUAAUUAAAAUACUCCGUAAUUCACUCAAUUUCCUCUCCCACAGGUGGAAUUAUGUUGCUGGGAAAGUUAUAAACAACAUAAAGAUAAACAAGAAAAAUUAAAAUAUUUUACAACACCAAGUGACAACGAAAACGAAGAAGACGAAGAAGUGGAAUAUUCAUUUUGGAAGAAUGCGAGAAGAAAAGGUUAUAUGCUGUUGGAAAAACCUGCUUCGUCAACACCAGCCAAGGUGAGACUGCAGUUCUUGCUUUGCCACCUGCUUUACACUAUCAAAGUUUCUGUGAUCACAGUAGGAAUUUUGCAUCGGUAAAUUCUAAGUUUUGAAGGAUUUGUAAGAAAUGUUUGAGGAAACUGACUUAAUGUUUAACAGUGAAUCAGUUAAACCCUCAAAAAAGUCUUACAAAUCCUUCAAAACUUAGAAUUUACCUAGAUGCAAAAUUCCUACUGUGAUCACAGAAACUUAGAUAGUGUAAACCAGAGAUGGACAAAGUAUCGGAACCUGGAAACCUAGUUCCCAGAAAUUUUUUUGAGUUGAAAGUUUCGCAGAAAAUUUUCCAGAGAAUAUUUUCAACAUUUUUAGAUAACUCUGUUUACUCAACUUACAACUAUUCUACUUUAUUUACACUGUACACGCUAACAUCAGCAGCCUUUUAAAUAUUUGACAGAAAUUAAUUCUGUUACCCACCCCUGCCAUCACAAUGAGGUAAAAUGAUAAAUAUAUGCUCUGCAAAGCCUCCAAUAAAAUGCAAAUUAAAUAGUAAACUUGUAAAUAAAAUAUGCAAUGAAAUAAGCUUCAAGUGCCAGUGCUAUAUGCUAUUAUUAUACUGCUAUAAUACUAGUAUAAUCAUAACAUAACAAAAAAUAUGCAAAUCAGACAAAAAGUCAAGUGAUGGAAUAAAUAAGAUACCAGUUGAUAAACGUGGUAUAUAACAGACAACCAUUGCGAAGCACGAGCAUACGUAAACCAGCCUAAGAAAAUUUCUAGCCUUUCACCCAUGUUGCUAGAAAGAAAAAAAAUUUUUCCACCCCAGGUGUAAACCAGCUUUUAAGGAAUAUAGGAACACUUUAAGGUUGAAAUACAGACAGUUUAGAUGGACCACUUAAAACAUAGAAGCAUUGGACAGCAUCAAUUCUCAAAUUGUCACUGCUGCAGAACUUUCAAACAUUCUCUCUUUGUUUCAGAUUGUCUCCAUUCUAAACCUAACCACGUUUCUCAUCACAAUCAUUCAAUUCUGUUUGACAACGUUACGAACAUUCCAAGAAGACUCUCAACGAAUCAAAAUUCUCUCCAACAUACGGAUAUUUACCGUCACGUGGUUUCUGUUCGAUCUCGUACUCAGGCUGCUGUUCGCGCCAUCUCUGGUGGAACAUUUUAAGAAAAUUAUACAUUGGUUGGAUUUAACUUCAGUGUGUGUUCUGAUCGUUCACACCAAAAUACAUCAAGCUCCAAACGCUAUCCAACCUUUCGAGAUGUUAAUCUUUCUUAAAUCAAUUCGUUUAUUUCAUUUAUUGACGUUCAGUUUUGUUAUACAAGUUUUGACGAAUACUCUGAAAGCCAGCACACGAGAACUUGGCUUGCUCACUGCUAUUGUGGUCUUUCAAGCCUUCAUAUUUUCAAUGGUGUUGUUCUUCAUUGAAAGAGAUGAUUCGAGCACGAAAUUUGAAAGUGUUCCUCAUAGCUUAUGGUGGGCGAUCAUCACAAUGACCACGGUAUGUAAUACUUCAAGUUUAUUGUUUAUCGAGUUUCUCACUCACUAGUGAGCGGACUUCCCAACAGGAUAUCGCCCAAUUGUUAAGGGAUUGGGGAUUAUUAUUAUUAAACUUUAUUUAAUGAGGGAUUGCAUUGAUUACUUAAUAGUAUUCUUCCCAAUGGCCCUCGAUGUACCUGCGAUUUAACGUCCUUAUCCGAGAAGACGCGAAAGUCUAACCAUUUACUGAUGUCAAUGUAAAGGUAGCUCUUUCUCCUCAAUUAUUUUGAGACAUUGAGUAGAGGACCGACCAAGGAUUGAACCCAGGUCUCCAGCUUGAAAGACAAGCGCGGUGAAUACGACAUCACAAGAAGUGUUUUUUAAAGGUGAUGUAAAGUCCGUUCUGCGCAGGCCUACAUUCCAAUGGUCAGGUUCCGACCAUUGGAAUGUUGUUAAUAUUUCGCACCUUCCGAACUUUCUUGAAUUGAAUCUCUAGUCUGUAUUCAUUUACAAGCAUAGCAAACCAGAAGAGUGUUAAAAAUUCAGUAUAAUAUAUAUCUAAUCAUAUUUUACAACUGUAGCACUGAGUUCAAAAUGUAAACAAAGCGUUUGUUCACAUUACGGACUUUACAUCACCUUUAAACUUCUCUCACAAUAAAACUGGGCAGGCAGUACUGACAAAGCGUUUGUUUUCUCCCCAGGUAGGUUACGGCGACAUUCAGCCUCGCACAUGGAUGGGACAAAUCCUGGGUUGUUGUUGUGCUAUGUGUGGUGUGUUAGUCAUAGCUCUUCCUGUAUCUGUCCUUGGAACGAACUUCACGUUAUUCUACACGUAUGCCAAGGCGAGGCUAAACUUACCACCUAAAGCUGAGCAGAAACAACCGCUCUCGAAAGAGCUUACGUCAUUGAAAGCGAAGAAGGCCGGGUUACCUCACGCCAGUUCCAGCUACAGCUGCAACUCAAUAGCCAGGAAAUAUGAACAAACUACAACUAAAAGCAGUUUGGAAUGUUUAACGGAAGACCACAAUGACAAAACUGAUGUUUCCUCGCAUAGAUCAAGCAUUAGCGACAGACGUCCAAACGGUUCAAAUUCUACGCACCAAAACUCAGCGAACGCUCAAGACACAGACCUUGAUCUAACACCAUCUUUCCGAGAAUGUAAUUUUGAUUUCUUGGAAGUGCCUGCAGUAGGCAAGCGGUUAAAAAAAUCGUUUUUGACAAACUCAAUCUCGCGCAUGUUCAGUGCGAUCACACAUCACUCGAGGCAGGCCCAGGCCUCUGCAGGAGCGCUGCAACUAGACGUACAUUCCACGUAUCCACUAUACCUGCGUCGGGGCGCAGUCGCCCCGGGUUCGAUCAGUUCUCGGAGUUUCUCGUCAACACUAUACGACAGUGGCUCGUCAAUACCAAAUUGUGUGAAACAAUCAGUAAAGUCUUUGAGACGCAGACAGAAACUUAGUAAAAGACUGGGGAGCACAAGGAAAUGUACUUCAAAUGCAGAACUACAUCUUGUCUGUUUCCAUCGUUGUGAGAAACAUCCGAACGAGGACAAGAACGAUAGCAAAACUAACAAUUGUUCAUGUCCGUCACAUCCUUCAGCUUACUCCAAGCCAAGGCUCGCGAAGAGUUGUUCUGAGUUGAAUGAUAUUCUUCAAGGGAACUAUCAGAAUAGUCUUAAUAGCAUGAACAGUGAUAAUUUCUUGUCAUCAGGGGAUAUACCUGGUGAUGAUAGACCACAGAGCGUUCCUCUCAGCGAGAUAGCAAUUACAAUCAACGGCUGUAGUGACGAUGGCAGCGACGGGAAAGAUCAGAAACUCCCACUGUUACGAAUUAAUAACCCCGGAAAUAAAGGCGUGUUCUUAAAACCGUGGGCGAAUCACGCGGGGAAAUGA